AUGUUUCGCUCCCAGUCCAUCCUCGCACUAUCAGCUGUCUUUGUAGCUGGUUUACUCUGGAGAAAACUCGCAUCAAACACACUCAAUGACGAGAGACUCCAGAAAUACUAUCUGCUAGACUUUGCCCCGGCAUUCCUUGCCGUACUCUCCGCCCGGAUGUUAUCAAACUAUCUUUCUCGCGAUGAUGCGGAUGACAAAAGACUGUAUGGUCUAGAACAUGCAGUUCUCAAUAUAGCUGAUGUGCCGCCGAAAGAAAUGUGGAUGAACAUGGGCUAUUGGGAGAACGAAUCAACCUUUUCAUCGGCAUGCCGUGCGUUGCUGGCGCAGACUCUUCAACACGCUGGCAUCCUCGUUCGAGAUCAAAGUGGUGCUGUCAGACGCUCAGCUACGACGGUUAAUCUCGUCGACGUCGGGUUUGGCUGUGGCGACCAGACGCUGUAUCUCACGCGCGAGCUGUUUUCAGGGGAGAAUUCCGAAGAGCGCCGUCCGAUAGUGGAAAACUACAUUGGAAUCACAAUCAACAAAGCCCAGGCUGCGUUUGCUCUGGAUCGCUUAGAGAAAAGCGAUGAAGCGACAGAUGUGCCCAGCACGACACACAUCUUUUGCGCAGACGCAGCAAAUCCCGCCGAAUGGCCAAGUUCUCUCAAGAAAAAUCUUUCACGUGUAUGCUCUGUAGGUAAUGACCGUGCCUCGACAUGGUUUCUCGCUCUCGACACACUAUAUCACUUCCAACCCUCGCGCCAACGCAUUCUGUCCCACGCACGCAACGAGCUGCACGCGUCGCUGAUGGCAUUUGAUCUGCUGCUCUCCGACUCGGCGUCCUGGUGGCAGCGACUCAUCCUCCGAGCAAUAUGCCUUGUUGCAUCGACCCCGUAUACAAACUUCGUCUCGCGCGCCGAGUAUAUAGACACGCUGGUUCAAGCUGGGUAUGCGCGGGAUCGGAUCGAGGUGAAGGAUGUGUCGGAGCAUGUGUUUUCGGGGAUUGCGGCGUAUAUGCAGCAGCGCGAGGAGCAGUUGAGGCCAUUGGGAAUGGGUUUGGGUAAGUUGAAGGGGGCAGGGAAGGUGUUUGGGUGGUGGGCGAGGAGUGGUGUUGUUAGGGGGGUUAUUGUGGUUGCUCGAGUGUAG